GGGGGGGAGCACCCCCAGAGCGGGGCCGGGGACCGGAGACCGGCGGCGGCGGCGUCCCAGUGACCCCGAGGGUCAGGAUGGUUCCCACCCCAAAGCAUCCCCAAGGUCUCUCUCCAGAUGCUGGCAUCACUGGUGCAUGCCAAGUGCACUGAGUGCCCCACAUCCCAGCACCCACCCAGGCCAGCACCCCGGGGUGCCCCCAUCCCCACCAUGGAGCUGGGUGCUGAGCUGCUGCUGGACCUGAGCUUCCUAACGGAGGAGGAGCGCUGCGCCAUCGCCGAGGUGCUGCGGCGGGACUGGGUGCUGCGCCAGCGCGAGGAGGGGCGCAUCAGUGAGCUCCGCAGGUCGGUGUCAGACCUGUCACAGUUGUGGACCCUCACCGGGGACUGGUUCUGUGAUGCCCGUGCCCAGCGCCACCGGCACCAUCACCUGGGCUCUGACCUCGUCCGUGCCUCCAUCCGGCGCAGGAGGCGGCCCCAAG